AUGGCGGCUGCUGCAGCACAAGCAGUGCCCGAGUUCAAACUCAUCCUCGUCGGUGAUGGGGGUGUCGGGAAAACCACUCUGGUCAAACGCCAUUUGACAGGCGAGUUCGAGAAGAAAUACAUCCCCACUCUUGGUGUGGAGGUGCAUCCGCUGAAGUUCCAGACCAAUUUUGGCAUGAUUACCUUCAAUGUGUGGGAUACUGCCGGUCAAGAGAAGUUCGGAGGUCUCCGCGAUGGAUAUUACAUCAAGGGACAGUGCGCAAUCAUGAUGUUCGAUGUGACCGCGCGUAUCACUUACAAGAACAUCCCCAACUGGUACAGAGAUAUUACCCGAGUCUGCGAGAACAUUCCCAUUGUUCUUGUCGGCAACAAGGUUGACGUCAAGGACAGGCAGGUAAAGGCGCGCCAGAUCCAGUUCCACCGGAAGAGGAAUCUUCAGUACUAUGACAUCAGUGCUCGAUCCAACUACAACUUCGAGAAGCCGUUCCUGUGGCUCGCUCGGCGCCUGACGAACCAGCCGGCGCUGUCCUUUGUUGGCGAGCAUGCGAAGGCUCCAGAAAUCCACAUCGACCCGAACCUUGUGCAAGAAGCCGAGAGGGAACUCCAGGCUGCUGUGAGCACCGCCAUUGAUGAUGAUGACGAGGAUCUGUAA